AUGUCCGCGCCCGCCACGCGCGCGCGCGGCGCGGCGCCCACCUGGGACGAGGAGGUGGACUUCCCCAACGAGGCGCUCCAGUCGGAGACCGAGUCGGAUUCGGCGAGCGACGGAGAGGCCGCGCGAUGGACGCGCGGAGUCCCGACCGCACCCGCGGGAGCCGCGGAGAUCGCUCGCCGAUCGCCGCACAGCCGUGCCUCGGACGACAGCGCGCUCGAAGGGGAAGGAACGCGACCGACCGAACCCGACGAGCUCCCGGGCGCGUUCGAGGGCGAGACGCGCUCCGUUCGCAUCGAGGGCGAGGGGAAGAUGCGGUUCGUCCCGGCGGACCUGGAGAUUCGCGCCGGGGACGUCGUGCGAUGGGAGCAGAGCGAGAGGUGUCCGGUGAAUCACUUCCUCGAGAUUGUCGCCGUCGAUGACGACGCCGAGGUGCACGUCGCGGAAUCGUCCGACGUCCUCACCCCGGCGAACCCGUGGCGCCACAGGUUCGACGCGCCGGGCGAGUACCACUACAGGUCUCUGGUCCACACGUACAUGAAGGGGACGGUGCGGGUGGCGCCGCGGAUCCUCGGGUCCCUCAAGGCGGACCCGGCGGAUCCGUACGAAUUCGUCGACGAGACGGACGAGGUUGCUGACGUGGCGGCUGAUGUGUCUGCUGACGUGGACGAGGACGGCGACAAGGACGAUGACGAGGAGGAGACGGGGAACGACGCGGAGUACUCGCUGCUUCCCAGCGGCGACGAGGACGACGAGGAUCGCGUCGAGGACCCCCGCCGAACGCUUCCCACCGCCGCCGAGGCCGACGCCAAGCUCGACGAGCUCAUCGCCGUGAUGUCCGCCGGGGGAAAUAACGACAAGUUGGAGACGUUGGAGAAAUCGUUCGGUUCCAUGGAGCUGCUGACGUCGGGCAAGGGGAUGGCGGGGCUGGACGCGAUGCGGCGGCGGCGGAUGACGAUGGGGGCUUCGGACAGGGGCGACGCGGAUAUCUGGCGUGGAAGGCCGCCGAAGAAGGAGAGCCCGACGUUCAAGUCCAUGAUCAAGCCGCCGCCCGAGGCGGUGCAGCGCGCGCUGGACGAGUGCCGCCGCGAGGCGGACUCGACGGAGCGCGUGAAGGCGGCGAUGAAGGCGAUGGGGCGGGCGGAUCAGCCCGCGUCCGGGCUCAUCGGACUUCCAGAAGUAUACCAAAAAGUGCAAGCAUCUGUCGCCGGCGGUGCCUGGGAGUUUGGCGAAGAGUUUGCGCUCGACGUGCUCGUCGCCGACGGGGAUACGUUCAAGUGCAGGUGCGGCAAACCGUUCGCCGCGGCGAUGAACGCGACGCGUCACGUCGCGAGCGGUCAGUGCAUGUGGAACAAGGACGAUCGAAAAAAGAAGAAGAAGGACCUGAAGAAGAACAAGGAUCGCGGACCGGCGGCGACGAAGGAGCAGCUCGCGGCGUUCCUCGUGGCGAUGUCCCCGCAGGCGAGGGUGGAUUUUUUCAAAUCGAUCGGCACGGACAGGGACGGCAGGGAGUGGCAGACCAAGUGGUUGGUGCUCAGGGCCAUAAAGAACCGCCACGAGGAUCACUUCCUGACGGGAUUUCACCCGGAGAAGAUUUGGGGGCCCGGGGAGAGUUUGCAGCGUCACUUCGCCAGGGUGCGACGAGCCAUCGAGAGACUCGGGAUCUUCGACGGCGACAAGCGCCUCAACGGCAGCGGCGACAUCGUCGGAGAAGCGGUGAAAGUCUUCCACCAGUACGCCGCGAACUGCGCGGUUCUCCGCGACUACAUCGAGGAUCCCGACCAGGCCCGAGACAUGGACCCGGGCGAUUUGAGCAAGCUCAUCGCUUCCAUCGACGCGGUGUCCGAGGAGACGUUUCUGAGCAGCGGCAAGUACGGGGGCGCGGUGGACAACCCGGACGCCAUGUGCGCGGGGAUCAACCAGGAGGCUGCGCUGGCUUACAUGACGGAGGUUGCGCUGGUGAACGCGUACGUCGCCGCGAGGAGCGCAGAGGCUGAGGCGGAGCAGCGCAAGCUCCUCGCCGAGCUCGACGAAGCCGCCGCGGACGAGGAGCGGAGGGAGGCUCGACGCGCGAAGGAAAAGGCGAAAAAGGCCAAGGCCAAGGCGAACAAGAAGAAGGGGGUUACAGGGGUCGAGUCGUCGCCCGAGCCCGCCGCGGCGGCGUCCGCGGCGGAGAAGGAGAAGGAUUCGGAGGCUGACUUUGAGAAGGAUGACGACGACCGUUACGACGACCGUUACGACGACCGUUACGACGAGGAGGAAGAGGAGGCCGAACGGGCGCGCGAGAAGGAAAGGGCGGAGGCUGAAGCGGAGGCGGCGAGGAUCGCCAGGCGACGCGCGGCCGAGGCUGCCGCCGAGGCUGCCGAGCUCGCAGAGAAGGAGGCGCGCGAGCUCGCCGCGGCCGAGCGCAGGCUGGAGAUGGAGAUGGCCGCGAGGGACAGGGCCAAGGCGGCGGCGGAGGAGGAGGCGACGCGGAGACGGUCGGGCGAGUUCGACCCACCCGGAGUGGGGCGUUCGAUCGCGGGAGGCGGGCUGCUGGGCGUGAUGGCCAACGGCGUCGUGGCGUCGCCCUACGGCAAGGCGCGGCCGAAGAAGCCCUCGCCGAAUCAGCCGGGUUUGGGCAAGCCGCCGCAGCGUCCAAACGCCGCCGCGUCGACGGAGGCUUCCGCCGACGCCGUCGCCAAGGCGCCGUUCGUUCCCCCGCUUCCCCCCGGCCCGCCGCCCGCCGCCGCCGCCGCCGCCGGGCGCAGCCCCGAGGGCAAACCCCACGCGACGACCGCAACCGCGACGAGCCCCGCCGCCCGCGCGCAAUCAGCCGCGCCGGUGGUCAAGCCCAGGCCCGCGCCGUUCGACCCAUCCAAGCAACCCACGCGCGCGUCCCCAGCGCCGGUGGUGUCGUCGGCGUCCGUGGCGGCACCCGGGUCGAGCCGGCACCCCGGCGGCGCCGGCCGAGGAAAGGGCGGGUACGCGGGGACGGGCGGCAAGGGUGGCGGUUACGGGUCCGCGGCCGGCACCGGCGUCAACAGCGGGACGGGCGCGUCGUCGCUGUCGGAGAGCGACUACCGCAGCUCGGACGCGGAGAGCGGCGGGACAGGUGCGCGGCGACCGUCGAGGAGGGACAGGGCCGUCGCGAGGGCCGCGGCGAAGGCGGAGGCUGCGCAGAGGGGGAGCGGCCGCGAGUCGGGAAACUCGUCGCAAUCGGAACAAAAAAUCGACGUGUACCGGCGAGAUGCGCCCAGGGAUGGAGGGAGGGACGACCCCGCCGGACCCGGACCCGCGAAGUCGCUCUCGGAGGUUGAGGGGAUGCUCCUCGCCGCGGCGGAGCGCACGGAAGCGCAGGCGAGGCGAGCGCGAGCCGCCGCGGAAGAGGCGGAGGUUUCCCUCCGAUCGAAAGAGAAGGCGCGGUUGCAGGCGGCGGCAGAGGAGGAGAGGAGGACGCGCCGGGAGGAGGCAGAGGCGAGGAAAAGCGCCGCCGCCGCCGCCGCCGCCGCCGCGUCGGCGGCGGCGCCGAAGGUGAAGUACUGCACGCAGUGCGGCGAGAGGCAAACGGAGGGUGCGAGGUUUUGCAGCGGAUGCGGCGUACCGCUGGCCAAACCCGCGGAUGCCGACGACGACGACGCGUCGUCGCCGCCCGCCACCGCCCCCGCGCCGCCGCCGCCGCCGCCGCCGCCGCCGUACGCGCACUACCCCGCGCCGCCGCCGCCGCCGUACGCGGGAUACCCCGGCGGCGCGCCCGGCGUCCCGCCAGUCGAUCUCGGAGCCGAAUACAGCGCCUUGUACCUUCAGCACUAUCACGCCGCGCUCGCGGCGAUCACCGCGCAGCAGCAGCAGCAAUACGCGCAGGGACACUACGCGGGCGCGUAUCCGGGGGGGUACCCGGCGUAUGAUCCGCAUGCUGCGCAUCCGUACGGGGCGACAGCGGCGCCGGGCGCGCCGCCGCCGCCGCCGCCGGUGCCGAGAGGUCCUCCGCCGCGCGAGAGUUAA